GUUAAAAAAGGUGAAAUGACGAAAGUAGCCUUCCUUUAUCCCGCACUAGCUGCGCUGAGGCAGCAGACUGACUGCAAAAGAAGCAGAAAGCAAACACACAACCGCCAAAUAAAAACAUCUUCAAGUAGCUUUCUUGCUCAAAAGUGGUUGCUUUCCUCUCUUUCAACACAACCCCUCUCUCCUCUCUCUCUCUCAUCUUCCUUUUCUGCUAUGGAUACUGCUCAGUGGCCACAGUCAAUUGGAGUUCCGAAAUCCGCCGCUGUCGAAAUCUCUAACUCAACCUCAAAACCUAACAAUGGCGCUGGGCCUGAGAAGAAGCCGCGGCCGGAGAAGGAGCAAGCUCUCAACUGCCCCAGAUGCAAUUCCACCAACACGAAAUUCUGCUACUACAACAACUACAGCCUCUCCCAGCCUCGCUACUUCUGCAAAACGUGCCGCCGCUACUGGACCGAAGGCGGGUCCCUGAGAAACGUCCCCGUCGGCGGCGGCUCACGCAAGAACAAGCGCUCAUCUCCGCCCCUCGCGAAGAAGCCCGAUUUCACGCCUCAAAACCCUAAGAUUCAGGAAAGCCACGACCUCAAUUUGGCCUACAAUCCCUCCAAUUACAAUGCCAUCCCCGAAUUCGGAACCCUGCAUCAAACCCUAGGAAACCCUAAUUCCGACCGCCACCACCCUAAUCUGCCGCUGAUGGAGCUGCUCAAGUCCGGGGGAGGAGGCCUGAGCUCCUUCAUGUCCGACGACGCCGGAUUCCCCUCCUCGUCGGCGGGAUUUCCGCCGCAGGAUUUCAAGGGGUUUUCAGUGGAUGGGAUCGAUCAGUCGUUUGGAAAUAUGCAGGAGAAUCAGCCGUCGAGAAUUCUGUUCCCUUUUGAGGAAUUGAAGCCGGUUAAUUCGAAUCAUGAUGAGUUUGAGCAGGAGAGAGUGGUGCAAGGUGAGAGUAAUGUUUACUGGAAUGGUAUGCUUGCUGGUGGCUCUUGGUAAAUGAAUGAUCAAAUCAAGAAAAAUGGCUAAAGUUGAAAGCUUUAGUCAUUUUUUCUAAUUACAAUGGUGGUGAGUGAGACUUGUAUCUGAAAUUUGAUUUGAUAUGAAUGAUGAGAAGCUAACAGCAGAUGAUAGGUUUUCCAUGUUCAUAGUUUGCUCUUUUUUUUAAUGAAAUUUCCCACUUGCUUGUUCAGUUGAUGUUGGGUUUCUUCUGCUGUUUGUCAAAAUGUAAUCUGAUUUUUUGCUUUGAUGUUUAGUUUCUAUGAAAAGAUUUUAUUUUUGGGUUA